AUGUCAGACGCUGGAAAUGACAGCGGACUCUCGCAACCAGAUUCCCCGGAUCCAACACCCGAGCCAUCACCACCACAUGGCGGAUCUUCUCAACCAGAUCCUUCGGAUCUAGUCGUUCGCUACUCAGAUGUCCAAUUUCAACAUAUGAGACACAAUGCAGUAAUUACGGUCGGAGACAAGAACCUCUCAGAAAUGUUGGAUGCCUUUGAAGCCAUUCGUCAGCUUCCAGAAGAACAGCAAUAUGAGAAGUUUACGGAAUUCAACGUUUGGGUCGAAGCACAGAAGGCUAAAGCGGACACCCUGACAGAAAUGGCAAUGGUUCUCAUCUUGAAAGAUAACCUUCAUAUCAAAGCCAAUGUGUCCACAAAACAGAUGAAGAUUGACAAUGAAGAGGUUCUUACCAGAGUGGAAAAGACUCGCGAACACCGACAGAAGGCCAUCAACAAGAUCAAACAAUACUGGGGCCUCUCUCGUAAAGGCAUGUCGUUUGCCACGAUCCUCAUCAUGUCCUACGGCACAAAAUUUCAGAAUGUCCUUUCCAAACUUGCGAGAUCCGCACCCCCUGACCAAGUACUGGAGGUAGCCAAUGGAGAACUCAUACGAAGACUGACUGCCCCCCCAAAGGCAGGUGUUCGAGUCAACAGGCACUUGAUGCCUUCUGAGUUCAAAAUUGCGAUAAAAGUACUCGACAACAAGCUACCCGAGACGGCCUUCCAAUGGAACGAUCAGCAAAGAAGAGAUUUAGGUCUCCGGUUCAAUAUGGUCGGCAUGCUUGGUGAAGCCAGUGUAGAUUACUCGGAAGACGUUCCACCUGUGGGCGACUCGGUCAUUGAAUUACUGGAUGUCCCAUCUCCCCCUCCCAACGAAGAAGUGUUGGCGAACCUUGAAAGGUGGCAACGACUCGGAAUGAUCGUCACAGAAGUUGAUGAUGAGCCACGAGAAGGGUGCUUGAUGGACCAGAUUGUGUCUCGACAAGGAGUGAUCCCCCCUGAGAAUGAAGACGAGAAUGCGGAUGUCACCCAGCCUAAAGCAUGCAAAUGCGAUGAAGGAACCCUAGAAGACAAAGACUGGUUCCUUGCACUCAAAGAAAAAUACAUCGCCAAGCAAAUAGGUUGGAUGGCGAUGGUAACUCUGGUUGACCGAAGGCCGGAAGGGAUUUGCGGCUAUCACCUCCACCAACUUGCGAGUGCCCUCGGACUCAAAACCGCUCACAUAGCUCGAGACGAUCUUGUUAACCGUCUUGAGUUUUUGUCCAAACAUCGCGCUCGCAUUGACGACAUUCGAAUCAAAGGAAAGUACUUUGCUUGGUUCAAGGGGAGUGAGUUGGCUAGUGCAGAGCGGAAGAAGAAACUCCUUGGGGUCCUCAAAUUUCGCCCCAUAUCACGAAGCGCUAGUAAACCCAUCAUUCCACAAAACCCUGCCGCUGGGUUGACAAACGCACACAAGUUUGGCGCAUUUAGACCGGACAAAGAGAAGGCCCUUCAUAUUAGUUCGCCAUCCUUCAGACCCCUCUUGCAACAGUCUGUGUAG